AUGGCAUAUUUAUCAUUAAGCACGCGUGACCUCAACGUCCUUGAAAAGAUCAAAGAUCCGGAGUCCGAUCCAUCCACAUCAGUCUUCGUCGAUAGCGCCCUGCAAAAAGACCCUCAUAUCCGGGACUCUGCCGAAUAUGAUCGAAUCGUUGCCGCAGAGCGGCAGGUAGUUCUUUCAAUGCAGGCUCUGGAGAUGGAACUGGCUGGUCUUAGACCUAGAUCCACGGCAGAUCCCAUCGCAGAGUAUAAGGGAUGUGUACGGAAGCUAGGUGACAUCAUCUCUGGUCAACCAAGUUACGCGAGCGCAAGGAACAACAGAGCCCAAGCGGCGAGACGCUUAUAUGGAGACAGCUUGCUCCUAUCUAGAUCUCAAGGAGCGCAGAAACCCCUGAUCUCCGUCCCCGAACAAGCUGAGAGAGUCCACGCUGCAAGUCAGUGUCUGGCGGACCUCGACGAGGCUAUCAUGCUGCUCACGCCUGCGAGUUUGUAUGCAGGAAUUUCGCCUGUGGCUGCCAAGACGCUGUCCCUGGCGCACACCCAAAGAGCCGCCAUUUACCAUCUAACAUCCAAACUGCUUGCUUCCGACACUCUUGAUGUCGACCCGGAGAGAAGAGAAGCUUCAUGGGGCAAGCUCGAAUUCGAGGAGGCUGCAUCUCGCGACUUUGCGAUGGGUGGAAGAUAUGGGAAUGAGAUUGCCAAGGGGCUCGCUGUGAGCACAAAUCCCACUGCGAAGCUAUGUGGACAAAUGGUCAGAGAGGCAAUGAAGAGAGAAUAUGGCCCGGACUUCGCCAAUCAAGUUAAUGGACGGUAG